GUACAUAACGCAUUCUAACCAUACUUUUUAUGUUUUGUUUUUCUCCUCUGUCCUAGAUUAUGCGCAUUCUUGUUGCUUAAAAUAGGGCUCAAAAAUGGAGCAGCGCAACCCGACAGGUUUUUGGUUCAAAUCCGAUUUUACACAAAGUCCUUUAAGGGAACCACGUCUGAAGAGUUCAGAUCAGAGUUCAAGACCUGCUCAGCAAGCAGGCCCUACUGAAGAGCCCCCUGUUGUUAAACAAACAAUUUUACGAGCAGAUGCUCCAGAAUUUGUGCCCACGAGAACAUUUGAACAACAGCAGAUACGGGGCCUCUUUGUGGACAAUCCGCAAGGAGCACCCAGGCACAGUGUGCAAAACAGGCUAAACAAAGCAAAGAAUGUAAACCAAAAUACCCAGUAUUCUAGUCCUGGAAGUAGCUCUUACGCCACUCCACAAGCUGAACAACCAGCCAAUCCUAGUAAUGAAAGCCACACAAACAUCACAGAUUUAGUGAGGUUGCGCCAGAUAAUAUCCUCUCUUAUAAAUUAUCCAGGCCAAUUUGAUGAUCUUUUAAUUGUAUUCAUGGAAACAAUUUAUCCAUAUUUCCUUGACUCAGAUGCAUUAGCGCAAAUAGCACAUCUUCUGGUCGGCGAGGCUGUCAAUUCUCCAAAUUUUCGAUACAAUGGUGUUCGCCUGUGUUGGUAUGCAGAAAAACAAUGUCCAGAAUUUGGUGCAAAACUCUAUGACAUAUGCGAAAAAGAACUUGAAACUGAUCACAAUCAACAGAAUGUGAUGCUCUUCAUUGCGGAACUCUAUAUCCAAUUGUCUCACUUCAGCCACUUUGGAUACCUGUUGAUUUAUGCAUUAAAUAAACUGUUGGGUGUUGGUGGAAAUGAUAACAUUAAAUGUGUAUGUCAAGCAUUAAAGUUAACUGGUUAUGCAUUAGAACAAAAUCAAUCACAAUCUCUAAAUGAACUAUUUUUGCAAUUAAAAACAUCUUCAAGCUCAUUGUCUGGCUCUGCAUUGACCAUACUUAAUUCUGUGAUCAACUUAAGACAGUCCAAUUGGGGCCGAAGUGCACCGGAGAGUAACAGCUCUGAAGCAUCUGACUAUGACCAUGAUUACGAAGAAAUAGUAACUGGAAUAUUGUAUGAAGCGGAGGGUCAAACAUUAACCAAUGAAGAACAGGAAUUUCUGGCGGCUCACGCCACUCAAGAUGAAUACCUUAGUGACAGUGACGAUCCAGAUGCAUUAUGUGAUCCUGAACCAGAAAUGGACGACGAGAUUCAAGCAGCAUUUGAAGAAUUCGUAAAACUGAACAAGCACUAAGCGUCCUAUUGUUGGAGAGAUACUACGUUUAUCCUUGAAUUCAACCCUUUUGCUGAUACUUAUUUACAAAAAGAGAAGAUACACGCUCUACAGCCAAUUAAAAUAGCCGCAAAUCUAACUAUAUAAUACUAUAUUUCGUGUCAUUUAUGUGAGUGUGUCCAUCUAAUUGUUCUGUUUUUUGGUAUAAGUUAAAUGUAAACCAUAGUGUUUACGUGUAAUGUAUGACUGUAUUAAAAACCGUGCAAAUGA